AGGAGAAACAGUGUCAUUGAAUGGAGUUAAUCUGUGUGAGAAGGACACGGUACUGUAUUUACUGCCCAAAAUUAUCUAAUACUCUGGUAGUUCUAUUUAUUUGUGCUGUUGUCUUUGGUUCUCUGCAUGUGGAUAUAAUGAGAGGAUGGCUAAGAGAGGAGAUGAUGGCGCGAUACUGAUUCGAACUGCAGUAAAAGAUAAGAGUGAUGAUACUAAUCCUGGGGGUGUAAACAUGGAUUGCGGCGAUGGUGAAGAAGGUCUGUCUUUGGAAGAGAUUUUAAAGCUGUACAAUCAGCCGAUCAACGAAGAGCAGGCAUGGGCAGUUUGUUACCAGUGCUGCGAGUCACUGUUGCAGGGGUCCCGGCGCAGACAUUCUAGAGGCGCUGGAGGCUACGCCAGAAGGAUUGCGGGAGCCGCAGAUGUACGGGUCAGGAGAGACGGAACAGUACUAGUGCAAGAUGGACAGUAUAGUUCAGACAAAUCCAGACUAUCAAUGUUUACAGCAACUGAGGUGAUUGAGUCUUUAGGCAUCGUGAUCUACAAAGCACUGGACUAUGGCCUAAAGGAGACUGAGGAGAGGGAGCUAAGCCCACCCUUGGAGCAUCUUAUCGACCGCAUGACUAAUGUUGUGGAAAAUGAUGGGGAUGUGAGUCGAGACGAGGGCUUUGAGGCAACUGAGGAGGAGGAUGAGGAGGACAAAGAGCCUCAGGAAGUCUUCAACUCACGGGGCUUCAGGAAUGUCCUUAAGCUAUGUGCUGCACACCUGCCAAGCCCCUCAGACGCCCCCGAUCACUACCAGGCUGUAUGCCGAGCCCUUUAUGCCGAAACCAGGGAUCUAGGAACUUUCCUGGAGAAAAUCAAGAGCACCAAAGAGAAUCUGAGGAAGAUGGAGGGGGUGACUACUGAAGAACCCAACAGAGACCUGGAUGAGCUAAAGAAUUCAGACUGGGCCCGGUUUUGGAUGCAGGUGAUGCGGGAUUUGCGCGAUGGUGUCAAGUUGAAGAACGUGCAGGAGAGACAGUACAAUCCUCUUCCCAUCGAGUUCCAACUCACUCCCUAUGAGAUGCUUAUGGAUGACAUCAGGUCCAAGAGGUACACGCUACGCAAAGUCAUGGUCAAUCAAGAUAUCCCUCCCAAGUUAAAAAAGAGUGCACAUGAAAUUAUUCUGGACUUCAUCCGAUCUCGGCCCCCAUUGAAUCCAGUUGCUGCUAGGAAACUGAAACCCAUUCCCUGGCGUCCCAGAAGUCUACAUGAGAGGAUUCUGGAAGAGAUCAAAGCUGAGAGGAAAUUGCGGCCUGUUUCCCCUGAUGAGAGUAGAAGAAGCAGACUAGUAAUACGACCACUUAGCAUGUCUUACAGUUUUGACUUGUCAGAUGUGUCCACCUCAGAGGCACACCAUAGAGCCGGUGCCACUGCAUUGGCCAAUGGUGCGGUUCCAGCUCAGAGCCAGCUUAACAGUGUGGGCACAGCCCAGAGGGCGAUGCAGAGGAAGAGGCUACUGAAGGCGCCUACUUUAGCAGAACUUGACAGCUCUGACUCUGAGGAAGAGUGCAGACACAGGUCUGCAAGCAGCACCGGUGUAUCUGCAUCACAGGUGGAGGAUACUUCUCCAGAAUCUGCUAUUGGCAAAAAGACAUGUCCAAGGUUCCUGCCCAUAUCAUCCACCCCUCAGCCUGAGAGACGCCAACCCCCUCAGAGGCGGCACUCCAUUGAAAAGGAGACCCCAACGAAUGUACGACAGUUUCUGCCUCCCUCGCGCCAGAGCUCCAAGUCUCUAGAGGAGUUCUGUUACCCAGUCGAAUGUCUGGCUCUGACUGUAGAAGAGGUGAUGCACAUCAGACAGGUCCUGGUGAAGGCUGAACUGGAGAAGUUUCAGCAGUAUAAAGAUGUCUACAGUGCACUGAAGAAAGGAAAGUUGUGUUUCUGCUGCCGAACGAAGAGAUUCUCCUUCUUCACCUGGUCCUACACCUGCCAGUUUUGCAAAAGGCCGGUGUGUUCACAGUGUUGUAAGAAGAUGAGGUUGCCCUCGAAGCCAUAUGCAAACCUACCUAUCUACUCCCUGGGAUCUUCCACUCUGCAUAAGGAAGAGAGUGUACCCAAGCCAGAGAAACCUUCUACCAGUCUCCACCGACAGCAUAGUCUAUACAAAACUGUCUCCAGAUUCUCAUCUGCCUCUAAGUCAGUGGAGUCAAGUGAUGACCUUGAGCUUCCCAAAGAGCUUACAGAGGACUGGAGCACCAUGGAAGUAUGUGUGGACUGUAAAAUGUUUAUCUCCGAGAUCAUCUGCUCCAGCAAGCGGAGCCUUGUGCUGGCCACCAGACGUGCUCGCUUAAAACGGAAAACACGGUCCUUCUACAUGUCCUCUUCUAGCACUUCAGACUACCGCCCAUCCGAGAGAACUAUUAAAGAGGUUUAGAUGUGUGCCUUUUUAAUGUUUAUUUUUGUUUUAUUAUAAUGUAUUAAUUUUUAUUCCAAACCAAGCUAUAAGUGGUACUUUCUUACCUGAAUGUGCACAUCUGUUAAGUUCCAGCUCUCACUGGGUUGUAGAUGUUUUCUUAUGUUUCUAGGUAGCUGUAUUUGGAUGUCUUGUAUAGUUCACACCAAAUAGUAGCCCCAGGUGGAGGCUAAAGGAUGCAAGUUUAUUAUCUUUACUUUGUGUAACGUUCCAGUCUGGACUUAAUUGUUAUUUUUUUUGGUUAUUUUUGAAAAUUGAGAUAAACUGAUUGGCUCAAAUGAAGAGUAGUAACCCUUCUAUAAGGUUUAAAUAGCAUUAAAGUCAAGUACACAGUCUUUAAUUUGCAGUGCCAGGAACAACCAGGGGAAAGUAUACCUAAAAGUGUCUACAAAGAUUCCCUGUGCUUAAUGUCAGAUGUGAUUAAGGCUUUCUAUUUAAGAAGUUUUGAGAUUGGCUUCGCUAAAUCUACCCACAUCUGUUAUAAUCAGGGGUUCACAUAACUUUUAACAUUAGGCACGUGAGUACCAGCAGAAAUGGUGUGGUACUCACCUGAAUUAGGGGGUCAUCAUCCAAGUUGCUGUCUAGCUCCAACGCCUCCUCUGUUGUGGUCAGAGACCACAACAAUACGUUUUUAAUGUUUAAGUAGGGGUCUGGAUUGCUGGUUGUUACAAUUCUUAACAAAUCAUCACAUAUUCUCUAUUGAUUACAAUAUCAUACCACCAUAUUGCCACUUUGGGGAUUCAAAAGCAAAAACCCAAACACUUCUUCACUUUCACUUGCCACUAAAUGGCACAACGGUAUUUAUAUAAGGAUAUGACUGAGGAUGUAAAAUAUAUUAUUUUUUAAGUAAAAUGGUAAGUAAAUGUAUUUUUUUAAACUCACAUUUAAAUGUAACUGCUUUCAAACAUCGACACUUCCUCUCACCCCCUCUGUUUGGGAAGCAGAGUGUUAGCAAGCUUCCUUAAUGCCACUCCCCGUAACUGCAUCCGUCUUCUAUGAAUGGAUGGAUAAAUAGAGAUCCUUGCUAUCAUUGGUUGUUUCAAGUUCCCAUUAAAAUAAUUAUUGAUCUUAUGAAUUGAAGUGGUUCCACCUAUCACUCUCCAUUUUUUAAUAAAAACUUGAAUCAGCAAAUAAUAGCGCUAGCAGGGAGGGACUAGUUAAAUUGGAACCCUCCCAGAGAUUGCUGACAGAACCCAGAGACCCUGAGUGAGAAUGCAUCCCUUGCCAGUCAUCAAGUACGUCACACGCAGAGAAGGCUGUAAGAUACUACACCCCUUACAUUUCAAGACACAUUGCUGACAUUUGUUCUCUUAUUUGUUUGUGUUAUUUAUCUGCAUGUUUUCUGUAUAAUGUUAUGUAUUAUGUAAUGCUACUCCAUAAUUAAAAAAAUGAA